GCGGUCACACUUGACCAAUUGCAUUUAGCUGGAAAAAAAAGCUGCUGGCGAAAAUUGGCAAUAAAGUGCAGGAGCAGCCCAAUCAUGGAACAGGCCGAAUUGGGCAGUGCGUGCCUUGCAGCGCCUAAGCGCCGCUUCCCGGACAACGAGCGUUGUGGGCGGGAGUCGGUCGCCGUGCUCGUGCAGCCAGUGCUGCAACAAAUCCCGGCCGAGGAGGAGCCAGAGAUAAAACAGCGCAAAAAGGAGCAGGAGCAGAACGAGGCCGUCGACCGGGACACGGAUCCCAACCUCAUGGACUUCUGUGAUGAGCUGCUCUUCGAGAUCUUCCAGUACCUGGACACGUCCUCCAUUCUGGCGGUGAUGCAUUGCUCGCCGCGCUUUGAAAACCUCCUGCUGGAUCAUCGCUUCUACCAUCACAUAGACUUAAGCAACGGGCCGCUGCCUAUGGGCAUCCUAGAAGAGAUUCUUGGUCGAGCCACCGAAAAGACACACACCAUUAAAAUCUGCGGACCUCCGUCCUCGCAGCAUGUUGCAGGCGAAUUCCGCCAGUUCACCCAAACGCUAAGCUCCGUUUUCCCCAGGGUUGUCCAGCUGAAAGUGCUGGAGCUGCAGGGCGUCAGCCUGGACUUCGAAUACAUACACAUAACUGAGUUCCCGGCCACUCUGAAGCGUCUGAAGCUGAAGGACUGUAGCGUUAGGGUUGGCGACACGCCAAAAAGCAUAUUUUACUCUAUAGAGCUGCAUUUGCUUGAUCUAGAGGACCUUAGUAUUGAGGACAACAGCUGGUUCGAGCCGUAUUAUAUUAUGGGCCUGUCGAAGCUACCUUCCUUGCGGCGCCUUAGUCUUAAGGGCUGUCAGGCGCUGUGCAAGUUUGUGCCGUAUGGCAGCAUGGCGGCACGUUUCGGUUUCCAAAAACUAGAGUCACUAGAUCUUCGCCAGACGCCCAUCAACAACUCAGAUCUGCAGUGUUUCAGCGCUAUCGAGAAUCUCAAAGAACUGCUGCUUGAGUCGCCACAGAUCCCGCACUCCAAACAAGCCGUUGCUAAAAAAACCAGCAACGGCAACGCCACUGACGAAGCUGCUUCCCCGCAGCCUGAUUCACUGAAAGUGCUUAGCGAUGACGAGCCGUCCACAUCGCGGGCCGCCAUGGAGCAUCUGCGUGCAUGCAAGGUUUCAUUCAAUUUGGACAACUGCAACGAGAGAAAGGAGCAGAAGUCGCCGGUGCCAACUGAACCUCCUUCGGAGGGCCAGGACCUCCAGGCGAAACGAAUCCGAGCACCAUCAGAAUCCGAUGAUGAGGACACAUCAUCCACCUCAGGGUCUUCGUCGGACAAAUCGGAGGUUCUACCGUUGCCCAGUAAUGGUCAUAACGGUGCUGCUGGCGUCGACUUGCCGCCACGUCCACAUGCAGCCAAUGCAGGCAAUGCAGCCAAUCUCGAGGCUCCCGUGCAGGAUACCGGAUUGGAGCCCAGACCCCCGCGCGCCUACAUCUACGUACCCGACGCUGAGAACGCUAAUAACCCGCGCCAACAGCGUAGUGUUGUGGCCGUAUUUGCACAGGGAACGGAGCAAAGGUAUAUCUAUGUCAAUCAACAAUUCUCACUCCCGAUAAAUGUUCUGAUGCCGACGCGACGCCAUCGUACGAAUCCGCGUCCGAACUACGAUCAGGUGGUUAGCCAUCCGAUGUUUUGGAACAUGCUUGAGCCACUGGAUCGCGACUAUUCUCGCCGAGUGCGGCCACGGCCGCUUUCCUGUCAGACAACACCUCAAUACUACGUCACCGAUCGGGCGAUGUAUAGCUUUGGCCGAGCUGAUCGACCGGUGCAACCGGACGUUGUCUGGAUCCGGAACAUCAACCGCUCGCCAGACAACAGACUGGAGCGACUGUCGUUGCGAAACUACCAUCUCAUCACAAAUCAUACCCUGGAGCACCUGGUGCAGUGCUCCCCGAAUCUGGUGUAUAUCGAUGUGAGUGGCACCAGCGUCACGCUUCCGGCAAUUCGGCGCUUCAGGAUCUCCAAACCGAAAUGCGAAGUGGUCGCCAACCACUUGGAGGAGAUUGAAAAACUUCCGGAGGUGGAGCCACAGGAAGAGGAUGACACGGUGGUGGUGCUGCUGCAGCCGCCGCCGCGCGCAGACGGCGACCAGCCACCGAAAUCGCCACCGCCACAGGAGGUGGUGGCUCCUUAGAAUAUUGUUUUUAAAGAUUCCGUCGAAGUGGGCCGUGCUGGAUUAAUUUUUUUUAGAAAGAAGACGACAUGGCCAAGCCGAUGGAUCCACAACGCUGGCUACAAGCGAGUGCUGUAGCUCAGCCACCUAGUAUUACGUUUGACUAUCCGAGUCCUUGUAAUAUAUACGCCAGGCUAAACGCACUGUAUAAAUCAAAACCACAAUUCAAUUCCUUUAGCUAGGCAUUAAAGAAAGCGCGAAAUCCUUUUGGUAAAUA